CAAGCAGCUUCUUUAAUUGUACCUAACUUCCUAAAAGUGAAAGUAGACUUUCUCCAAAUCUUCAGUCUCAGCAAGCUAAUGUGUUGCAUCUUGUGACAACACAAAAUGACAGCUAUUGAAGUCCAGGGAAACCCACAGACAUCGAGACCUUGCAGAUCAAUGGGUCUCUUUAACAAUAUCAAGUUUUUUGUACUGUGUCAUGGGAUGCUACAGCUUGCUCAACUCCUGGUUUCUGGCUAUCUGAAAGGCUCCAUAACCACCAUUGAGAAAAGAUAUGGAUUUUCGAGUCAGAAAUCAGGACUGCUGGCAGCCUUUAAUGAGGUGGGGAACACAAUUCUCAUUGUGUUUGUGAGUUUCUUUGGGAGCCGUGUGCAUCGACCAAGAUGUAUUGGAAUCGGAGCGAUGAUUGCAAGUGUGGGGGUGUUCCUUAUAGCCCUACCUCACUUCAUUAGCGAGAAGUACAUUUAUACAGACUUCAAUAGCAACACCAAACACAACAGUUCUGGUCUUUGCAAAUCACUGAGCAUCUUACCUGAGAAAGAAUCUAAGCAGACAUGUGAUCAAGAAAAGACUGAUUCUCACCUUGGAGUGUAUCCAAUACUUCUAUUGGGCCAGUUACUGCUGGGCAUUGGCGGUGUCCCCAUACAACCUUUUGGGAUUUCCUACAUAGAUGAUUAUGCAGAAAAGAGGAAUUCUCCCUUCUACCUAGGCAUACUUUUCGCGAUUACUGUAAUUGGGCCGGCAUUUGGCUACAUGAUGUCCUCUGCGCUGCUUCGUUUCUUUGUUGACGUUGAUAAGAUGUCUUCAGAUGAUUUAGAUUUGAAAAAUGAUGACCCCAGAUGGGUUGGAGCUUGGUGGUUGGGAUUCCUGAUAGCUGCCACCCUCCUUCUCCUGACUUCUUUGCCGUACCUGUUUUUUCCAAGGAAGAUGUCUAGAGAGGAAAUCGUAGAGGCCCCUGUUGAGCCAUCCACAGAAAAAAUGAUGGAGGACAAGAAGCCCAAAUCUGAAACAAAGGAAGAGGUGUCUCUCACUGAGUUCCUAAAAAGUUUCCCCAAAAUUGUAAUGAGGACUCUGAGGAACCCAAUUUAUUUGUUGGUAGUGUUGGCUCAAGUGAAUCUUGCUGCCAUGGUUGCGGGACUGGCCACUUUUAUGGGCAAAUUCAUUGAGAGGCAGUUUGCACAGACUGCCUCCUUUUCUAAUUUGAUGAUGGAUCUUCCCAGCAGUGUAGCAAUGCAUGUUCCUGUUCUGAUGAAGCCUUCAACCCUGUGUGUGGCUCAGAUGAAGUGGAAUUCCGCUCUCCCUGUCAUGCAGGAUGUAAGACAGUAAUACCCGAUAAAGAGAAAGGUUUGAACUACAUGGAUUGUGAAUGUGUGGCAUCAAUUGGCUCUCCAGGCUCUGCGUUUCCAGGAUCAUGUGGAAAUAAGUGU